AUGGCAUAUGACAGAUAUGUGGCCAUAUGUAACCCCUUGCGUUAUGGAUCCAUCAUGACGAUACAAAUGUGCAAUCUACUAUUUGCUGCUUCAUACUUUGCUGCUGUGGUUCAAGCUGCCAUUCAAACUGGUUUCACAUUCAGCUUGACUUUUUGUGGUUCAAAUAUUAUUAAUCAUUUUAUCUGUGAUGUUCUUCCACUUAUAAGACUCUCAUGCUCAAUUACAUUUUUAAAUGAGAUGCUAAUCUCCGUUUGUGCAGCUAUCAUAGGAGGAGGCUCACUCUUUAUUAUCUUAAUAUCUUACAUUUGUAUUACAGUCACUGUUGUCAAAAUACCUUCAUCUCAAGGCAAGAAAAAAGCCUUUUCCACAUGUGCCUCCCAUCUGUUAUGUGUCACUUUAUUUUAUGGCACAGUUCUGUUCAAUUACCUUCAUCCAUAUGGUGCUUCCUUAAUGCAUCAAGAAAUAGUUGCCUCUGUCUUUUACACAGUGGUUAUUCCAAUGCUGAACCCACUUAUCUACAGUUUAAGGAACACAGAAAUAAUACAUAUCAUGCAACAGUUCUUUGCUCAAAGAAUCACCAUAUGGUUAUGA